GCAGUCGUGUGUUUGACAUAAAAUAAGAUAGAUAGCUAAUCAGUUUAACCGAAAUAUUCAACAGAACGCAACGAUGAAAGUGUUUGAGUAUAAAAUUGUGCAAAUCCUUAUUGCUGUCCUAAUUCCUUUGGUCGGCGCUGCACUUUUCAACAUUGGUGCCCAAAGAAACAUGUUUCCUUGGUACGACACAUUGAAACGUCCAAGUUGGACACCACCAAAUUGGUUGUUUGGACCCAUGUGGACAUUUUUGUAUUUGUCAAUGGGAUAUGCAAGUUUUAGAGUUUGGGAUAAAGGAAUGAGAUUCUCUGGUCCUGCUAAAUGGCCUUUGAUCAUUUAUAUCAUUCAUUUAUUCAUCAAUUGGACUUGGAGUCAAGUAUUCUUCGGAUUUCAUCUCAUCGGUGGUGCGGCAAUUCAUAUAGUAAUUCUUCUUCUUUUCGUCAUAACAACUGCGAUUGCCUUUGCAAGAGUUGACCUUAUUGCUGGAAUUCUCUUUAUUCCUUAUAUAAUUUGGGGAUCUUAUGCUACAACUGUAGCUAUCGGAUUUUGGGUUUUAAAUUAAUUGAGAAGAUAAAUCCGGAUAAAUUAUUUGCAUCAUGAGUCAAACAAUAUUAAGCAAUCAUCAUUACGCCGUUUUGUUCUAUGGAGUAGUCAAGCGUUACGCGUAAUCACACAAUCUAAACAGAAAUCCAGUCAUUGAUGUAUUGGUCAUAAUCUUCAUUUCAGGCUAUGUAAACGACGAUUAAAAGAAAAUGUUUGUAUGUGAAUAAAUGUUUCUUUUUCUAUAUAAAUAUACGAAA